UUUAUGGCAAAUCACCCUGAAGACUAGCACUUCCCACAUCCUAGUCGCAAUCCUCACCAUCUCCUCCCAUCCCCUUCUCUAUAUACAUAUCCAAGGUCUCAUAGAAUUUAUUUGUUAAAAUACUAAUUAAGAAAGAAAAUGGCGAAAUCUCCAGAGGAAGAGCACCCCAAGAAAGCCUGUGGCUGGGCUGCGAGAGAUCCAUCUGGUGUUCUCUCUCCCUUCAAAUUCUCAAGAAGGGAAACAGGGGAGAAAGAUGUGGCAUUCAAAGUGUUGUAUUGUGGGAUAUGUCAUUCGGACCUUCACUCGAUCAAAAAUGAAUGGGCCAAUGCUGUAUAUCCUAUGAUUCCUGGGCAUGAGAUUGUUGGUCAAGUGACAGAGGUAGGAAGCAAAGUGAAAACAUUCAAAGUUGGAGACAAGGUCGGUGUUGGAUGCCUGGUGGGAGCCUGCGGAUCUUGUGAGAGUUGUGGCAAGGACAUCGAGAAUUACUGCUCCAAGAUGAUCUUUACCUACGGCAGCAAGUACCAUGAUGGGACUGUUACAUAUGGAGGUUAUUCCGACAUCAUGGUCGCCGAUGAACACUAUGUAAUCCGCAUUCCAGAGAACCUACCUCUUGAUGGUGCUGCUCCUCUCCUAUGUGCCGGGAUCACAACUUACAGUCCCUUGAGAUAUUAUGGUCUUGACAAACCAGGUAUGCAUAUAGGUGUAGUUGGCCUUGGCGGUCUAGGCCAUGUCGGGGUUAAGUUUGCAAAGGCUCUAGGGCUUAAGGUCACCGUGAUCAGUACUUCUCCUAAUAAGAAGGAUGAAGCGAUGCAGCGGUUUCAUGCUGAUUCAUUUUUGGUCAGUCGUGACCAAAAUCAGAUGCAGGCUGCGAUGGGAACAAUGGAUGGUAUCCUUGACACCGUAUCUGCAACCCACCCUCUCCCGCCCUUGAUGAGCUUGUUGAAGGUUGAUGGAAAGCUUGUUAUGGUCGGCUUACCAGACAAGCCUCUUGAGGUUCCAGCUUUUUCUUUGGUUAUGGGAAGGAAAUUAGUAGCUGGCAGUUGUAUUGGGGGGCUGAAGGAGACACAGGAGAUGAUUGAUUUUGCAGCCAAACACAACAUCAUCGCUGACAUUGAGGUGAUUAAAAUCGAUUAUGUGAACAAUGCCAUGGAACGUCUAGCUAAAGCAGACGUUAGAUACCGAUUUGUCAUCGACAUUGGAAACACAUUGAAAGCGGUCUCGUAAAUUUUACAGGCCAGAUCUAUUAGAAUCAAAUCGAGAAAUGAGAAUAGAAAUUCAAUAAGAGUAACAUUUUUUUAUAUCAAAUAUAAGAGUAAUGUUAGGUGACCUAUAUUUUGGUGAA